AUGGCUGACUCUGAGUCGGGCAAUUUUAUCCCGGUCGGAGGCACUUUCGCUGUGCUCACCAUCGACCCUGUCGGAUCGGUAGACUACUUGGAGGACCCAGAGGCCACUGCAGCUAGCAUGAAACUUGUCAGCAAGGACUAUGUGAUUUGUGCUCCCGCGUUUAAACCUAUGUUCAAUCCUUCCGCUGCGUUUCGCAAAGAAUUUGUGUUCUUUGUUCAGCAAGGCACACCACACGACUUCCCCGCCCAACUCAUCGAUGCCAGCAUGUCGAUUCCAAUUGCACCCCAGACCUGCUCCGUUGACAACCAUCCUUCCAAGCGCGAACCGGUGAAGAUGGUCAGCAACCCAUUCCCCUUCUCGGAUUGUUAUUUGUCGGCAUUCGUAACUGCUGAUGUGCGCACGGCCAAUGUGGUGGUCUUCGAUUCCAUCAUAUGCGAACUCAACGACGAAGAUAAAUUGCGUGUCAAACGGCUGACGAACGAGGAUUUUGAGCUUCGCCUUGAUCGCCUCGAAGAACAGCAAAGAGAGACAGAAGGAGCGGUUACUGACGAAGGAGAGAAGCGUGAAAUUUCGUCAGAGCAUUAUACCGAGCAAGAUGCUGAAAGCGAAACGGAGAAUAAGGUCCAGAAUGAUGGGCCUGCCGACCCCGUCGAAGCCGAGACUACCUCCAUUCUCCACGGCUUAUUAUUGAGCCAACCUUCAGACGAGCUCCCCGCCGUUAAGUUCAGCUACGAUCUUUCUCGCGUUGCAGAGAUCAACCAUCCACGCGAUUUCUGGCACGAAGUGGAGAAGAUAGCAGAAAUAGUCCAAGCAUCCAAAGCGCGAAGAGAAGUGCAGAAGACUACCGCAGCUGAAAAAGAUGCUGCGCGUUACGAUGAUUUGACUGCCGAUUUACUACAUGCCCAUAAAGUGCAGCGGACUCUGUCAAAUGGAAUAAAACGACUUGUGCAGCGUCGUAUUAGCGGUGUAAAGCGGCUAAUUCCAGGCGUAUACGGGGUUUUUUUUAAAAAGAUCCCUUGUAAUUAG